AUGAGUUGUUUAUCUCAACCUUCAUUUUCAGAAUCUGUCAUCAAUGAGGAUUAUUCAGAUUUUACGCCUUCAGUUUUGCCUACAUUGUUGGCUCAUCGGCUGUCGCCAUCCGAUGACGAUUCAUCGACGGCUUUGUAUGAUUCGGGUGUUUCUUCACACACCGCGGAUGCCAAUUUUGAUGAUGACGACGAUGAUGAUGAACCACCACCAGUACUGGAUCUCUAUGGUUGUUCAUUACCUGAACCUGUGCAAGCUAUAGAGGACGAGGCUCCGAGCACACCAGAAGAUUCAUCUGACGGGCGGCCGCUGUUAAAGAUAGCAAGUUGCGAGGGACAAGGGCAGGAACUCGAUUCGUCGGCUGUUCCUCCAAAGUUGAGCGCUGUGAUGAAAGUUGAGAGCAGUACUUCGGAAGUCACCACCGGAAAGGUACGUCGUUCAGUACGUCAAGCGAAACAGAAAAAAGCCAAAGACGGUAAUGAAGACCUUGAGCAGUUUAGUAAUAAGGAUGAUCGUCGAGCCGAAGUUCCAGAUUGGGAAGAUUCUAAGCCUUGUGAAGAGAAAGAUCGAGAUGUAUGCAUUUGGAUAAAUUCAGAGAGUUUGAGCGACAGUGAUUUUGAACAGUUGUGCAACACUGCAAGGCGCCAAUUAGGAAUGCUUCAAGAGGAAGUUCUUGAGGCUCUUUAUAAAAACCACUACAACUUGUUAGAAACUUUGGAACAUCUUGAAGAAUUUAUCGGCCCUCGGUUUGAACCAUUUAGUAGAGCUGAAGUCACAGCUUUUUUCCAAGGGAUGAAAGCGUGUAACAACAAUGACUUUGUUUAUAUUAGGACGAAUUACUUACCUAACCGGAAGGUGGCGGAAUUGGUAGACUUUUAUUACAAAACUAAAAAAACAAAGUGCUUUGGUCAACCAUCAGACCGUUGUUGUCCUUUUAAAACAAAAUUGUGCAGUGAUGAAGAACCUUUAGUUUCUCGCGCUGAAUGUGCUAAUUGUUGUGGAACAGUACAAAAUAAAAACUUGGAAAAAGAUCUUCCAACGCUAUGUGGCAUUUGUAGCUUAUAUUACAGUAAAACGAAGAAAUUGCGUCCUUUUUAUGUCCCAUUGGUCUCGGCUGAUUCUGGUGACAAGUUACUGAGCGUUACUGCCGGGAAAGAGGGAACUGCAGAGUGUUCGUCGCUGUCAGCUGUUGACUCAUUAAGCGAGAAAACUGAGCAUUCGUGCAGUUUUGCUAGAAGCAAGUUGCACAGACUGAGAACAGCACGUUGGACUUCUUCCGAAAAAGAGAUGGCCGUUAUUGCUUUUUUGAAAUUUGGAAAAGAUUUCACUGCAAUAGCGAAUGAGAUUGGAACCAAGUCGGUAGCAGACAUAAAAAGGUUCUAUGUUAAUUUUGGAUCUGAUUAUCGCCUUGAUUUUCUGGUUAGUCAUUCACAAAGUAGUCAAAAGGUGGAAAAUGACCUUGGUUUUGAACGAAAGUCUCUUAAUAAUGUGGCGAGUGAACAGAACGUUCGUCGCCAAUACAAAAAGCGUCGAACUUAA